UGUCAAGGGACGUUUUAGUUUACGGAAGAUUUUUUCCAACUACACUUACCGAAAACGCGUUUUGCCGUACAGUUUUCUCAAUAACGCGUUUUAUGGUUAAUAUGGAAACAUUUUGACGGUUAAAGCUGCCUCCUGCUGCGACUAAGAACCGACUGUUUGUGUGUUUUGGAUAAAUACGAUCUCUGUGGGAUUCUAAGUUCAUCACCAACAUGGCACAAGUUCCCCCUCCAGGAUCAGUCGUAGUUACUGACUGGCAUCGGUGUAAAGACAGCAAAGAGUAUUUCAGCAAAAUCCUUCAUAAGAAAAGACGGAAGAACUUUGGCCUCUUGGAGUCUCCAGUGAUGCCCCCAUCUGUAGCUGUGGACACUGUUCAUUAUAAGAUCUUCAUCUCUGGGAAGAGCGGAGUCGGGAAAACUGCUCUCGCUGCACGUCUUGCUGGCUUGAAUAUUCCUAACAUGCACCAUGAAACCACAGGCAUUGAGACCACAGUGGUGUAUUGGCCAGUGAAGCUGAGAGAAAGUGGCAGAGUGCUGUUCUUCCGUCUGCAGCUGUGGGACUGUGGGGAGAUCGCCUUACGGAGAUUUGACCAUUUGCUUCCAUCUUGUAAAGAGCAGGUGGAUGCCGUCCUCUUCCUGUUCUCAUUCACCGACCGAACAUCCUUUGAUGAUCUGUCAAAUCAAAUUUCUAAAUGGACUGAGUCAUCUGUUGGUCGUGUUGUGAAAGUGGUGGUUGGCACCAAAUUUGACCUUUUCAUGCACUGUGACGUGUCAGAGAGAGACGUGAGGGACUUCCAGGAGACGUGGAGCUUGCCGGUGCUGCGUACAGGUGGGGAGGUCAGUGAUGGGCUCGGUGAUGUAGCCCCUUUCCUCAACUGCCUUGCAGAGAACCUGUGGCACCAAGACUGUCUUACAGCCAGAUCAGCUGGCCUCCAGCAGGACACUGUGACUGUACUUUAACACUGAACAUUAGUUUAAGCCUCGUGUCGUCCUGCGGGUCAAAACUGAACCGCUUUAAAGUUUGAAAAUGUGGAAAAAUAUAUAUAUUUUCACAGUGAAACUUCUGAUGUCCACAUUUUCAACAUUUCUGGGAAAUCUUUGAACAUUUUUUGGUGGAAAAAAAAGAAAUGUUAAAAAUGUUUCUUAAGAACAUUCACGAAAAAAAUCUACCAAAAUCCAGGAAAUUUUGCUGGAUUUUGAUUGAUUUUUAUUUGAAUGUUCUUAAAGAAAAUAUUAGAAGUUUUACUGAUAUAUAUAUAUGUAAUCACUUUAGAUAUUUUUAGGAUUUUUUUGGUAGAUUUUUACUCAUUUCUUUGAAAAUAUUCACAAGAAUUUUCUUGCCAAAUUUGGGGGAUUUUUUUUUUUUUUUUUAAAUAAAACUUUUGAGGGAAACUUUUAAGGAAUUGGAAUUUUCUUCCUGAAGGUUUUGCAAAUUUUUAGAAAUUUGUGGAUUUUUUUUGCUGAAUUUUUGGAUUUUUUUCAGACAAGGAUAUAAUAUUUUUUGGUGCCCGUAAAUGAGGACGACAGGACGGUUAAGAAGGUGGACUGGGCGUCACUGCUGCUGGAGGAGGCUGUGGUCGACAUGAUUAGACUGCAUGGAGGGUAAAAAUCACAGACUUCUCAGGGCUGAGCUUUAUUCUGAAAUGUCUGAAGUUCUCCCAUAAUGAGUGUAUUGCAUUUUACCUCAUCACUGAACCAUAUGGAUUGCCUUUUUCCUACCAUUUUUUGAUUCCUAUCGUUAUCAUCCAAAAGCACAAACACUAAGAAAUGUAUUUUAUUAAGUAUUUUUCCUGUGUUUCACAAUAAGGAGAUGACGUUGCCUUGUUAUAUUCUUUAGAUACAUGUUGCAUUAGAUUGAUCAGACUAGAAAAUCUUUAUUUUUUUCUAUUAAUUGGAAAUUAAUGAGAAAAUAAAGGGCACACUGCUUAAAAUAAGUCAGUAUUUUAAUACAAAAAUAAUCAUUUCCAUCAUUAAAUAAAUUGGUGUGUUUGUUUAUUGUGAUAAAGUUAGUGAAUGUUUGAA